AUGGCUCGAUUCGUGCUUUGCAAAUGCAUUAAUCAUGUUCAGAUUACUAUUCCCAACACGGAAUACUUGUGGGAGAGAGGAGUGUGUUUGUUUGAUAGUGACAAGGAGGAGUGUGAUAGUGACAGGGAGGAGUAUGAUAGUGACAGGGAGGAGUGUGAUAGUGACAGGGAGGAGUAUGAUAGUGACAGGGAGGAGUGUGAUAGUGACAGGGAGGAGUAUGAUAGUGACAGGGAGGAGAGUGAUAGUGACAGGGAGGAGUGUGAUAGUGACAGGGAGGAGAGUGAUAGUGACAGGGAGGAGUGUGAUAGUGACAGGGAGGAGUAUGAUAAUGACAGGGAGGAGUGUGAUAGUGACAGGGAGGAGAGUGAUAGUGACAGGGAGGAGUAUGAUAGUGACAGGGAGGAGUAUGAUAAUGACAGGGAGGAGUGUGAUAGUGACAGGGAGGAGAGUGAUAGUGACAGGGAGGAGAGUGAUAAUGACAGGAAGGAGAGUGAUAAUGACAGGGAGGAGUGUGAUAGUGACAGGGAGGAGUAUGAUAGUGACAGGGAGGAGUAUGAUAGUGACAGGGAGGAGUGUGAUAGUGACAGGGAGGAGUGUGAUUGUGACAGGGAGGAGUGUGAUAGUUACAGGGAGGAGUGUGAUAGUGACAGGGAGGAGAGGAAUAAUGACAGGGAGGAGUGUGAUAGUGACAGGGAGGAGUGUGAAAUUGACAGGGAGGAGGAGGAGUGUAAUAGUGAAAGGGAGGAGUGUGAUAGUGACAGGGAGGAGUGUGAUAGUGACAGGAAGGAGUGUGAUGGUGACAGGGAGGAGUAUGAUAGUGACAGGGAGGAAUGCGAUAGUGACAGGGAGGAGAGUGGUAAUGACAGGGAGGAGUGUGAUAGUGACAGUGAGGAGUGUGAUAGUGACAGUGAGGAGUGUGAUAGUGACAGUGAGGAGUGUGAUGGUGACAGGGAGGAGUGUGAUAGUGACAGGGAGGAGUAUGAUAGUGACAGGGAGGAGUGUGAUAGUGACAGGGAGGAGCAUGAUACUGACAGGGAGGAGUGUGAUAGUGACAGGGAGGAGUAUGAUAAUGACUGGGAGGAGUAUGAUAGUGACAGGGAGGAGCAUGAUAAUGACAGGGAGGAGUGUGAUGGUGACAGGGAGGAGCACGAUAAUGACAGUGAGGAGUGUGAUGGUGACAGGGAGGAGUGUGAUAGUGACAGGGAGGAGUAUGAUAGUGACAGGGAGGAGUGUGAUAGUGACAGGGAGGAGCAUGAUACUGACAGGGAGGAGUGUGAUAGUGACUGGGAGGAGCAUGAUAAUGACAGGGAGGAGUGGGAUGGUGACAGGGAGGAGCACGAUAAUGACAGGGAGUAG